AUGGAUUUCGACCAACCCGCCGAUCGUCGAGCCUCACAGGCGAGCUUCUUAUCUUUACAGCAACUUGACCCUUCCCCGAUAGAUUCUCCGCCAGCAGAUCCCGCUAUUGACCGACGUGACCUUGGGCCACCGCCUCGGGGAAGUGAUGAUGGAUAUGAGAUGGUGAACGCCGACGAAAUGGAGAACAGCACUUCAUCGAUCAGGGCUCCUUCCACCGGUGCUCCGGGUUUGAGUGCCAGUACAAACCUCAGAUCGUCUGGGACUGGUCCUGGCCCUAUCUUCUAUCUUAUGCGAAUCCAGAAGUUUUCAAGUUACGCAAUGGGUAUCUUUACCUCCCUCCACCUCGCCAACGUUUCUCUCAUUCCCGCUAUCACACGUUCGGUUCCUGGCUCGGAAACUUACCUCCUCAUGACUCGUGAAAUUUACCAAACGUCGCUCACCGAACCCAUGCUGGUUGCUCUACCUAUCAUCGCCCAUGUCGGUUCAGGUAUCGCCCUUCGAUUGUUGAGGAGAUCGCAGAAUAUGCAACGUUAUGGUGCUGCGACCCCAGGGAUGUACGCCCUUCACCGUUCAAGGACAGAACUUGAGGAUCAGAAAAGUGCUCGGGCUGCUUCACCAUGGCCAACGUUGAGCUAUAUCUCGAUAUCCGGAUACGCCUUCACUGUCUUCUUCGCAGCCCACGUCUUUGUCAAUCGUGUCUUGCCUCUUCAGGUUGAGGGCGAUAGCUCUAACAUCGGUCUCGCCUAUGUCGCACAUGCGUUCGCUCGACAUCCUGUUACUUCUUGGUUCUCCUAUGUUGGUCUUCUCGCUACCGGCUGUGGUCAUAUGAUCUGGGGGCAGGCGAAGUGGUUUGGUCUGUCACCUACGACCAAGUUCAUUUGGGGAACGAGUAGUGUGCCUGCGGAGAAGAAGGCCAUGAAGUCAAGAAGACGAAAAUGGGUUGCUCUUCACGGUGCUUCGGCAGCUUUUGCUGCGCUAUGGGCGGUCGGGGGUCUGGGUGUCGUCGCAAAGGGAGGUCUUAUGGAUGGUUGGGUUGGCAAAGUGUACGAUGACCUCUUCUCGGUGAUCGGAUUGUAA